AUGGCUAGUUGCCCUAUUCCCGCCAACCGCACCCCCUUCCGCCCUACUCCUGCAGAGUACAACAAGGCCUCGCCCUUCAUCCUCUCGCCCAACACCGAGCACGAGCUCGAGGCUAUCCAACUCGAGCACCAAAACCGCCUCUUGAUCCUCGUCUUCACCACCGCCUGGUGCAAGAACUGCAAGCGCCUCUCCACGGGAAUUGAGGAGAUGGCCGAGAACUUGUCCAAACUUGCAACCGUCGUCCAUGUGGACGUGGACGAACUCACUCAAACAGUAAAGAAAUACAAUGUCGACGCGACACCCACCUUCGCCAUCUUCAGAGGCCAUGUCCUCCAAUCCAUCAUCACCGCUGCCAUGCUCCCCAGGAAGUCGACCUAUGAGGAGAGCGACGACCAGCUUCUGGAGUGGAUCACGACAACCGUUCGCUCGCUGAGCCAGCACUGGAACGGCACCUCUUACUCAAAGAUCACGGACCACCUCGCCUUUGCGCCUACGCCCACUGAGGCUCAGAUUCAUGAUGGAUUAAUCAAUGUCGGAUUCAAGACGGUCAUUGGCAUGGAGUCGAAGCAGAACCCUGGAGAGUACCUCGCCAAGGAGAAGGAUAUCUGGGCUGCCGUCAACGUCAACUUUGUCUCCUACCCCAUCAAGUCGGCGGAUGAAAUUGGACUCCAAGAUUUCGAAGAAAUCCUCCAGCUUGUCGAGACGAUGCAGGGUCCGAUUCUGAUUCACUCGGAGAUCGGCCAAGUGGCGGCGAUCAUGGUCUUUGUGAUGGUCGCCAAGCAGAAUGCCCGACAGGGAUCGGAGGUCCCUGGCUGGGCUCGUGAGCUGGGCUUUGACUUUGAUGGCCUUGGACGAUUGACACAAACGAUUUGUGCGUGGGUCGAUAAGUGA